AUGAAGCUUGUACGCUUCUUAAUGAAGCUCACUGCCGAGCACGUUCAAAUUGAACUCAAAAAUGGCACGGUUGUCGCAGGCACAAUCGAGUCGGUCAGCCCAAAUAUGAAUACCACUCUGCGGGGAGUACGGAUGACGGUCAAAGAGCAGGAUCCCGUGUUCCUAGACACAAUGACCAUCCGGGGAAGCACGAUCAGACACUAUGUUUUGCCAGACUCAGUGCCGUUGGACUCUAUGUUGGUCGAUGAUGGGCCCAAGCCCCGGAACCAUCGCCCGGUGGUCAAACGGGGCCGCGGGGGCGCCAGAGGACGGGGUGGAUCUCGUGGCCGAGCAGGAAUGCGUGGAAGAGGAGUCUAA